CUCUCUUCACACUCACCUCUUCGUCUUUCCUCUGUUUUCUACCACUCUCUCUCUUCCCUAUGCAUUUAAACGGUGAAGAACAGAGCAAAGAGACUUUAGUCUCUUGUUAAAGUUUUUUUUUCUUUGUGGGAGGUGGGUUUUGUUUCUUAAGGUCUCUAGUUUCAAAAGCUGUCUCCUUUUCUCGAAUGGAAGAAGAGAGACACAGUUUACAAAGUAACAAGAUGCAGACCCCUAAAACAGAGGAGGGGGGUGAGUGGAGGAGGAAGAAGUGGCCGUGUAUGAAAGCUGCUCAGUUACAAGAGUUUAGAAUGCAAGCUUUGGUUUAUAGAUACAUAGAAGCUGGUGUUCGCGUGCCGAAUCAUCUUGUGGUGCCUAUUUGGAAUAGUCUUGCUCUCUCUUCUUCUUCCUCCUCCUCCAGUUACCUUAUCCACCACAACUAUCCCUCCUCUUCCAAUGCAGUGUUGAAUGAUAAGGUGGAUCCUGAACCCACAAGGUGCAGGAGAACAGAUGGGAAGAAAUGGCGGUGUAGCAACAAGGUCCUUCUGUUUCAGAAGUACUGUGAACGGCACAUGCAUAGAGGCCGUAAACGUUCAAGAAAGCUUGUGGAAUCUUCUUCUUAUGAUGUUGCUUUGUCCUCUGCUUCAACCAAACGAGACAACACUGAUGGUCUGAACAGUAGCACUGAGAGUCAUAGUGUUUCUCAUGGGGCAGUGUCAGUUUCUAGUAAUGCUCAGGUUGUCACCAUUGCUUCACUGCCUAGUGCAAGAGUCUGUGAUAACACCCCUCGUCCAUCUCUAGUGGUCACCGAGUCCACAAACAGAAGUGUGAGAAGGAGGAUCACGGACAUGAGUUAUGAUGACUUCAUCAAACAAAGAGGUGCGACUACGUGUGUUAGAGGGUUUCCCGUUCAAGGUUCUGAGAGGUUACCUUCUGUUCAAAAGUUCUUUCCUGAGGCAUCUGAUAACUCCUCAGAAGCUGCAAAAUUCUCAAGCAACAGGAAGAAUGAGAUCAUUGCAAGAAGCAGAGAAUGGAAGAACAUGAAUGUUAAUUGUGGUGGCUUGUUUCCUGGCAUCCACUUUUCUCCAGACACUGUUCUUCAAGAUCGUGGUGGGUUUGGUUUACACAGAGUUGAAACAGACAACGAACCAGGAAGGUGCAGAAGAACAGAUGGGAAGAAGUGGAGAUGCAGCAAAGAUGUGUUGUCUGGUCAGAAGUAUUGCGAUAGGCACAUGCAUAGAGGUAGUAUUAAGAAGAAGCAUCCAGUGGAAACUACUCCCACACAUGAGAAUGCUGGUAUUAUCCGGGUAGCAGUGAGACCAGAUGAUAGAUCUGUGUCUCUCCAAGAUGGAGAUGGCCAGAAGCUCCCUGUUUCAGUCCUGGCAAGAGAGCAGCUGUCCCGAGUUUCAGAUGAAAAGAGCACUAAUAGUUGCAGUACCGACACCACAAUCACUGACAUAGCUUUGAAGGGUGAAGAAGACAGUGAGGAGGUCUUGUCAUUGUGUUCUUCAGGUGUUUAAAAACCAUAGAAAAGUUGUUCGAGGUUCUAAUGUUUUUUAGUUUCUAUCUAUGGAUCCUACUUAUUAAUCUGUGUUACAAAGUUAGAACAAGUCUGAUCACAGGAGAAUAUUUAAGACACAAAUUUCAUUUAAUAGAUUAUAUUGUGCUG